AUGAAUCAACGCUACUUGCUCUCCAAUUACCAACAGAUAUUUUUGGGAAAAUCGCCUCCAGCACUCAUCACCUGCCUCACACCCGAAAUAGUGCGCUCUAUCGCGCGCGCGGAUCGAUUGCGCGGCAAAAUAUACCAUUCAAACAUGGCCGAGUUGCUUUCUGGUGUCAAGAUUCAACUCAAGGAUGGCAGUCAAGUCGACGCUGGCGAAUAUCUAAAAGGAAAGAUGGUCGGUCUCUAUUUUUCUGCUAGCUGGUGUCCGCCAUGCCGUGCAUUUACCCCUAAGCUGAAGAGGUUCUAUGAAGCGAUUAAAGAAACUCAUCCUGACUUCGAAAUAGUGCUUGUUUCUCGUGACAAAGAAGCCGAUGAACUCUUUGAAUAUUACGAUGAGCAUAUGGGUGAUUGGACCUUUAUCCCAUUUGGUGAUCCUAAGAUUGAGGAGUUGCUGGAAAAAUACCAGGCUAGAACUAUCCCAGGAAUGAGAGUUAUCAGGCCUGAUGGGAGCGUCGUUGUCAAGGAUGCUCGCCAGGAAAUCCAGGAGAAAGCUGCUGAGGAUCCAGAAGCACUAUUUGAGGAGUGGGAAGCCUUUUAUCUUUGAGAUCCGGCAUGUCUCAAACACAAGGUGACAGUGACGUUUUGAGCGUACCUCACUUUUUGGAUUGAAUAUAUCAGCUCGCAGAGAGUUUCACACAAUUCCUCUAUUCUAUGUGCUUCAUGAUUGUGAAUCAUUGAACGGUUUUCGGUAUUGACAUUGUACAAAUAAACUCUUCGAAAUC